AUGGCGGAACAGCGGAUGCAACCAGUGGCCUCUCUGCUCCUACUCCUGAAUUUCUGCAUGUACGCUAUUGUUCUCGGAAUUGGAGCAUGGUCCAUGAACAAAGCUAUCAGCCAUGGCUUCCCUAUUGGUGCGGAUUACAGCCUUCCCACUCAUUUCUCGCCAAUAUAUUUUCCAAUGGGUAAUGCGGCCACCGGAUUCUUUGUGAUGUUUGCCUUAAUUGCCGGAGUGGCUGGAGCUGCCUCUGUUAUCUCUGGUUUCAGUCAUCUCCAGUCAUCAACUACAGCUAGCCUUCCGGCAGCUGUCUCUGCCGCCACCAUUGCUUGGUCGCUCACAGUUUUAGCUAUGGGGUUUGGCUGCAAGGAAAUUGAACUUGAAAUGAGAAAUGCCCGUUUGAGGACAAUGGAGGCAUUUCUAAUCAUUCUUUCGGCAACACAACUUUUCUAUAUAGCUGCUAUAUAUGUAACGCGAAAAUAAAACGAGAAAAAAAAAAUACAAAACUGAUUUUUUUUUCUUCUUAUUUACUUGUUUUGUAAUUUAUAUUUUCUUAUCCAAUUUGGCUAUUUAAGGAUGUGUAUUUGUGUGAUUUGUAUUAUUUUAUUAUUGAAUUUACUGUAAAAUAUAUAUGCUGUAAUUUUUAACCUUAAUAAAAAGAAAUUAGAAUUCCAG